AUGACAAAUCUGAAGAAGCAAAAGGUAACAGAGGAAGAAGCACCACAAGGAAUCAGUAAGUUGCCGGAUCUACUCCUCCUUCAAAUUCUCUCACUUCUCCCAACAAAGGAUGCAUUCAGAACUUGUCUAGUUUCUCCAACGUGGCGGUGUCUCCCAACUUUAAUUGAUAGCUUCAAUUUCACAUGUUCAACUGACCGGGAAACAGAAGAUUUCUCCUUUAUUCAAAAUGCAUUAGCACAUUCCCUCUCUUCCAAAAUUAUAAAGUUCAAACUCGACUUAACUGACUUGAGUCUAUCAGACUGCAGUUUCAGGCCUGAGUAUGAAACCCUAAUCAGUCGUUGUUUUAGUUUUGCUGUUGAAAAAGAAGUGGAAAAUGUUUUGUUGUGGUCUCAGUAUAGUAAUGGGUGCACAUUGUCUGAAUCUCUCUGCACAUGUUCGUCCUUGAUAACUUUAGAUGUUAAACAUUGUGGCUUUAAUAACGCGGUCAUAUCGUGGAACUCUCUAAAGAGUAUAAAGUUGGGGCAUUUGAUGCUAACCGAUGAUGAAAUGGUGAAAUUAUUGUCAGGCUGUCCUGCAUUGGAAACAAUGGAAUUAUAUAGCUAUACUGGAGAAGAUCUCAAGUGUAGGCUUGUUGAUGCAUCUUCGGUAGUGAAUGCUAAGCUCAUGUACAGCUUUGCCUGUAUCAAAGGCAUUCCAAGUACUUAUGUGGAAGACUGCUGCCGUGACUAUCGUCAAGUAGUAUAUACCCUCGUCCAAGAUAAUCUUCAAAAGUUAUGUUAUGCAACUGAUCUAACAAUUGGAACUUGGUUCACACAGUUUCGUUGGGAUUACUGCACCAGGUCAUGUGCACAUUGCAGUUCAAAGGGUUGCCCAUUUCAGAAUUGA